AUGUAUGUUAUACCAUAUACCCAAUCAUUCCCUAUUUUGAAGCUACCAUUUAUUCCACUGCAUAAUGUUAUUCAGAGUUUCAGUCCUCUGGAAGCUCUAGACUUCUCACUCACAUCAAGAAAAUGCAGAAAUAUCGUCAAAUCUACAAAUCUUUUCAAAUACGAUAUCGGUUUGAGCUUGCUCCCUGAACAAACCCUCUUUAGAUUGUAUCGAAAUCUUGAUCGUGAACAUCUUGUCUGUCGCCUUUCUGUUAACGAAUUGAGGAAUAGGAACAGACACAUGGAAGUAAAAGGAAUAUUAAAGCCAUACUUUAAUGAGCGAAAGAGAAUUUCGCUCCACUUCGCAAAAGUAUGGUUGAACUAUCUCUGCGAUGUAUUACAAAUGAAGCUCAAAAUUUUGCAAAUGAAUCCGAGCAGUUCGAUUGAACAGAUGUUUGCCGUCGCAGAAUGGAUGAACUCAAUGCAGCCCGAAAUUUGGUUAUGCGAAUUCCAUGAUGGAAUUGUGAAAAGUGAUAGUAUCACACGAUUUUUUGAAAUAGCAAACUUCCCCAUCCGCUUUUUAUCAUUCGAGGUGAUACAAAGAAGCGAUACAGGUCCAAUUAAUUGCGGUGCUUUGAAUGUGGAAGAUAUAUCCGUUGCCACUAGAACUAAUGCUGAUCCCGUCAACUGGUUCAAUGUUGAACAAAUCAAGACUUGGAUAUGUGUCAGACUUAUGUUUCACGCCUGCAAGUUCGAAGAAAGAGAUUUGAAUCAAUUAGUGAAAGGAUGGUUGAAUGGGUGUAACUCGAGACUGGAGUUCUUCAGUGCAAUAUUGGAUCCUCUCGAUUUCAAUAUUAUAUUGGAGGAUAUCGAGUUUGAGGAAAGAGAUCUGACUUUGACUCGUUUGUUUCAUACUUCACUCACGACACUGCCACUAUCGCGGACAUUCAUUGGAGGAUACGAUAUAACAAGAAGUGAUGGCACUGUUGCCACACUUCAACAGAUAAAUCGAUUUCCGGGGCCACGUCCCAUGUGGGAGUUCGCAAUGGCUGUAUGGCCAUAG